AUGUGGGAGUUCAGGUCCAUGUCCUUCUGGCGGGCUGUGUUUGCCGAGUUCUAUGGUACCAUGUUCUUUGUAUUCUUUGGGCUGGGGGCAGCCCUCCGCUGGACCACCGGGCCCCACAAUGUUCUCCAUGUUGCCUUUUGCUUUGGGCUGGCGGCUGCCACCCUGAUCCAGUCCAUUGGCCACAUCAGUGGAGGACACAUCAACCCAGCUGUUACAUUUGCCUACCUGAUUGGCUCCCAGAUGUCUCUGUUCCGUGCUUUCUUCUACAUCAUGGCCCAGUGUCUUGGAGCACUGGCUGGUGCUGCCGUGCUGUAUGGGGUCACGCCCACCAACAUGAGAGGAAACCUAGCCCUCAACACGCUGCAGCCAGGCAUCAGCCUGGGCAUGGCCACCACCAUGGAAGUCUUCCUCACCCUGCAGCUGGUCGUCUGCAUCUUUGCUGUGACUGAUGAGAGGCGCAAUGGACGCCUGGGCUCUGCUGCCCUUGCCAUUGGUUUCUCUGUGCUCAUGGGGCAUCUUCUCGGGAUGUACUACACUGGAGCAGGAAUGAACCCAGCAAGGUCCUUCGCCCCUGCUGUCCUGGUCAGGAAUUUUGUCAACCACUGGGUGUACUGGGUGGGACCCAUGAUUGGUGGUGCCAUGGGCGCUCUGCUGUACGACUUCAUACUGUUCCCCCGUGUGCGCGGCCUCUCUGAGAGGCUCGCCACACUGAAGGGCAUCCGGACCCCAGAGGCUGAGGGCCAGCAGGAGACCAGGGGAGAGCCGAUCGAGCUCAAGACACAGGCCCUAUAA